UAUCUUAAUUGUAGAUCUUGCUACUGUUGACAUCCAAGAAGAAGAUUUAACAACUAAAGAAUUAAUUGGCAAAGGCCAAUUUGGCUCAGUUUAUAGAGGCCUUUGGAAAGGUCUUCAGGUUGCCAUAAAACAAAUUCCUAGAGGGUAUGGAGAUCCAGAUAUUAGUGAAGUAAAUAUUUGUAGGUAAGCUUAAUUGUGAUAACAAAGCAUUAUUUGAGGUAAAUUGAUAAAGGCAGCUUAUAUAUACCCUCAGGUUUUAUUUCCUUUCAUGUAAUGUCUAGCUAGGGUAUAUGAUGCUAAUUAUGAUUGUAUUUUUGUCUUUUACUAAACAGACGCUUGAGACAUCCAAACAUAAUAAUGUUAUUUGGCUGUUUCAUUUCUGAAACAGACACUAACAUUAUCACCAAUUACAUCAAAGGGGUGAAUCUUGGUGUUGCACUGGGACUCAUAAGAGGUACUACGAGCCAAUUGACGAGAAGUACAAUGGUUUUCUCCUGUUUUUCAUUGCCCAAGGCAUGUCUUACUUGCAUGAAAAAGAGGUAAUUCAUCAAGACCUUAAACCUGCAAACAUCAUUGUUGAAGAUGGUUCUAGGAAACCUAUCAUUUGUGACUUUGGUGUAAGCAAACUUAAAGACUUAGCGGUCACAAAUAUGGCAGGAUCUAAUGCUGGUACACUUGGGUACCAGCAUAUAGAACAGCUUCAUGGCGAGAAAGCUACAACUGCUGUUGAUGUGUAUUCUUUUGGAGUUAUAACAGGUGAAGUAUAUUCAAGGCAACCAGCUUGGACAGGGAAAACAUUUGUUGAAGUAAAAAAAGCCAUAGAAAAAGAGGAAUAUCCCACCUUUCCACGCAUUCCUCAAGAAUACAAAGAUCUCAUGGCAAAAUGCUUCAAACCUGCCAAACAGAGAGCCACAUUUAUGGAGCUUUUGCCUGACUUAGAAUCUUUAUCAAAAAUUGAUGUUUGGUAAAUAUCAUAUAAGCUCAUUACCUGAAAUUUAUUUUGAUGUUAAAUUUUAAGUGCUAGACUGAUGAAAUUUUUAACUUGCUGUUUUUUUGUCUGGAUCGAAAGACAUUAUUUUGAUAGUGAAGCAAUAUGUCGCUUUCCUUUUUUAAAUAUAUUUUAUUCUAACAAAGAUAUUGGAGUUAUAAAAAUUGGUGGCCAUUUUGUUGAUGACAUCAUAGUCUCGAUUGAUACUUGACAAGACCAAGGAAUAUGAUAAGCUGUAUCUCACUGUAUCCCGUUUUUAACCAAGAUCAGUCAAACUUGGUAGUAAAGUAUUUUAGCUGUUCUUCAAAACAAACUAUAUAGAUUAGUUGUCAUAGCAACAGCCUUGGUUCCAGGCCACCCCUACCUUAAAUUCAAGCUUUUGAGAGUUUUCCCCUAAUAUUAAAUGUUAUUGAAUAAGACAAAGUUAAAAUAUCUGUUAUUGUCAUAGAAAAAUACGUAGCCAAACAUUUUUUGCAUCAGUUAAAAAUCAACAAGACAAUCAUCACAAUGCCAAAAAUGUUGUUUGGGGCCUGGGCACAAGUUAGUUGUCAUAGCAACUUCAGUUUGUUCUAAAAACAAGCAUACUGCAAAGUUGGAAUUAUUUAUCACAUUAAUACACUUAGAAACAAACUGAUAUCUAUAUUGAAGCAAUUUAACUUUGAGUUGAGAAUAUGACGUCAUCAACCUCCUAAUUAGCACACACUUGAAGCUUAAGUAUCUCUCAAACCAAAAGUGCUAACAAGGAACGGCAAAUGAAAAUUUUCUUAUUUUGCCAAGCACUUAAAAAUGUGUGUAAAUAGUACAAUUUGGAGACAUUAAAAUUUCAUAGGACGGUCUCGCACUUGAUAAUAACAUCAUAAAUUACAUAUGAUAAAUUAAGUUAAGUUAAAGUUAUACUGUCUAGAGAAUAAUAGUAAUGUUAGAAAUUUAUGGCUUGAAGUUGUGUUCAUGACAUACAGUCAUUUCCAAUAGAGGCUUUGCACUAUCUUUGACCCCCAUAGCAGUUGUAACUACGCCACCAUGAGAGUUGGCAGCUUUUUGUGCUUCAUUCAGACAAGAUAGCUGUGUUUGAUCACUAUGGGGAGGUUUUGUUGUGUUUUGCACCAUAGUUACCCUAAUGCUAUGGGGAUGGGAUAGUGCAACAUUGGAAAAGAGAAGUUUAGUUUAUUUUCUCAGUAUCUUGCUUCAUUUCACAUUCCAUAUAUUUAUCCAUCUUUUCCUCCACUAUUAUUUUAAAAUACUACAUUAUGUUUAGAAACUAUAGCCAUGGUGCCUCAAUCCAAGAAUAAUGACGUCAUUUACGAAAAGGUGUAUUAAUUGAUAUUGAAUAUAUAUAAACAUUAUCGUUGAAAUGCAACCCUCGGAGUUUGAUGUCUUGUUUGCCGACUAGCAUUUCAACGGCUGUCAGUCAAAGAACUAAAAUUGAAAAAAAUUAUAUCUUGAGGGAGAUGUAAGACAAAAUCAAGGAUGUUCUUCCUCUAAUCAUCUAAAAUUUUUGUUCCAGUCUAAAAUCUCCCUCUGGAGUUCUUUUCUUAAUUCUAACUCUGAUUGACGGCCAUUAAAAUGUUAGUCAGCAAACAAGACAUCAAACUUUGAGGGUCGCACUUCAUUAAUAAUAGUUGUAAAGUAAUACAAAUAGAGCGAAACGACAUUUAGGAACUAAGAAGAGUAACUAGUUCAUCAUAGGCUUUGGAGGCAGUUGUUAUGUCUAUGAUCCUUCCUGUUGAGUUAACAUAUAGAUCUGCCUCAUCUUUAAAUGAUUUAGGGAGGUAAACCAGUUGUUGGUUAAAGUUGUACUUUUCCCGAAUGUAAACAGCAUCAGAAGCUAAUACAUUCUUUUUCAUUUCUUUUGCACCUAUUUUUAAGAAAGGGCGAUAUACAUUAAUUGGUUGCCUCAAUAACAAUUAAGGCAUCAGUUUCAGGAGUUCCGUGGUGUAAUCAGCUGCAAAAUGUAUAAUUAAUUUUGGUGCAGCCUUUUAGUUUUUUUAAAAACUUGCAGAUAACACACAAUUUGUGCUUGUGUUAGAAAUAAUAAUAAACUAUUUAGAACAUUCAA